AUGGAGUUUAUUUUGAUGGUCACUUCUGAUUUCCUUUUACUGCUGAUGAUACAGGAUCUGUGUGUACUCCGUGGCUGUUGCUGGGAUCCUCAGAAUGAAACACAUGUACCUUGGUGCUACUUUUCAAAAAACCAUGGGUACCAAGUUCAAGGAAGCAUAUCAGAUACAAAUUCAGGAUUUGAAGCUACUCUAGUAAGACUACCUUCUCCGUCCCUGUUUGGAAGUGAUAUUGAAAAGGUUCGCCUCACCGCGGAAUACCAAACAGCAAACCGAUUUCAUUUUAAGAUUACAGAUCCUGCCAACAAAGAUAGAUAUGAAGUCCCACAUGAAAACAUUCAACCUUUUCAGGGAUCUAAAGCAACCAAUUUAAUGUAUCGAGUAGAAGUCACAGAAAAUCCUUUUGGAAUCAGUGUGAUCAGGAAUAGCAAUAAUAAAGUCCUCUUCAACACCAGUAUAGGACCUCUCAUAUAUGCGGACCAGUUCUUGCAGCUUUCCAUUAGAGUGCCUAGCUGGAAUGUUUAUGGCGUAGGAGAACAUGUGCAUAGACAAUAUCGGCAUGAUUUUAACUGGAAAACAUGGCCUAUCUUUACCCGGGAUGCUUUUCCUAAUGGGGAUAUGAGCAACCUGUAUGGUGCUCAGACUUUCUUCUUAUGUCUGGAAGAUAAGAGUGGACAUUCAUUUGGAGUAUUCCUUAUGAACAGUAAUGCCAUGGAUUUUGCUCUUCAACCUGCUCCUGCUGUAACAUACAGGACAAUUGGUGGACUUUUAGAUUUCUACGUCUUCUUAGGAAAUACUCCAGAGCAAGUAGUCCAAGAAUAUCUAUUGUUAAUAGGGCUUCCAUGGAUGCCUUCCUAUUGGAAUCUCGGUUUCCAUAUCUGUCGAUGGAAUUACACUGAUCUAAAUGAUGUGAAAGUUGUAGUGGAAAGAAAUCGUGCAGCUGGAAUACCUUAUGAUGUUCAAUAUACUGAUAUUGACUACAUGGAAGAUAAGAAAGAUUUCACUUAUGAUAAGAUAAACUUUGCAGGCCUCCCUGAAUUUGUCCAAGACCUUCAUGACCAUGGACAGAAAUAUGUCCUCAUACUGGAUCCUGCCAUCUCUGUCAAUAAUCUCAUGAACAAUACCCCUUACGAAGCCUAUGUAAGGGGAGAACGGAUGAAAGUGUGGAUAAAUGAAUCAGAUGGAAUAAGCCCUCUUAUUGGGGAAGUGUGGCCAGGAACAACAGUCUUCCCUGAUUUUUCCAGUCCUGAAGCUGUUCAGUGGUGGGUGUAUGAGUGCAACAAUUUUCACAAAACAAUUCAUUUCGAUGGAUUGUGGAUUGACAUGAAUGAAGUAUCCAAUUUUGUCAAAGGAUCAAAAACUGGUUGUGCAGCAAACAAUUUAAACUACCCACCUUUUACUCCCAGAUUUAUUGGAUAUGUUGUAGGUACAAGUGCUAUGUUGAAACCUACCUUUCAUUUCCUCCAAAUUUUUCAUCCCAGUAAAAUAUACCGAUUUCUUAAUGCCAUAAAUUUAGUUGUUUUCAGAGCACUCAAGACUACUUUCCGUGAAAGUAGAAGCUUCCUCCUUUCCCGAUCAACAUUUUCUGGUUCUGGAAAAUUCACAGGACAUUGGCUGGGAGAUAAUUUUGCAACUUGGAAUGAUAUUAAGUGGUCUAUACCAGGAAUAUUAGAAUUUGGUCUAUUUGGAUAUCCUUUUAUUGGGGCAGAUAUUUGUGGGUUCCUUGAAGACGUCUCAGAAGAACUUUGUAGACGAUGGUUGCAACUUGGAGCAUUUUACCCAUUUUCUAGGAAUCACAAUGCUGCAGCAUAUGCUCCUAAAGAUCCAGCAUAUUUUGGACACAAUUCACUUUUGGUGAAUUCAACGAAACACUACUUGACAAUACGUUAUACUUUGUUGCCAUAUCUCUAUACCCUGUUUUAUAAAGCACAUGCCCGGGGAGAGACAGUUGCAAGACCUGUUCUACAUGAAUUCUACUCUGAUGAAGCUACCUGGAGCAUAGACAGACAAUUCUUGUGGGGACCUGGAUUACUUAUUACUCCAGUCUUAGAUCCGGGUGUUGAUACGGUAACAGCAUACAUUCCUGAUGCUGUGUGGUAUGAGUAUGAGACAGGUAUAAAAGCACCUUGCAGAAAACAAGAGUGUCAAAUGUUCCUUCCAGAAAACAAACUUGGACUUCAUCUUAGAGGAGGAUACAUCUUUCCUAUUCAACAACCAGCCAACACAACUGUUUACAGCCGUACAAAGCCUAUGGGACUUAUAAUUGCUUUAGAUGAGAAUGGAGAAGCAACUGGAGACUUAUUCUGGGAUGAUGGAAUAACAAGAGAUACAGUGGCAAAUAAAAAGUAUCUCUUAUAUAACUUUACUGUCACCAAUAAAGUCUUAACUAUGGCAGUGAAACAUAAAGGCUAUAUAGAUCCAAAUAAUCUGAUAUUUGAGAACAUCAAGAUUAUUGGGUUACCCCUUGAGCCUUCAGAUGUGAAAGUGACCUCAAAUAAUGAGGCUCAAUCAUAUAACUUGAGUGUCAAGUACAAUGCUGCAGACAAGGUUGCUCAUAUAACUGGUCUUCAUCUUAAAUUGGGGGAAGAACAUACAAUAUCCUGGAAACAGACUUUAAGAGAUAUCGACAAAUUUGACUGUCAUCCUGAAGAACGUGCAUCAAAAGAAAAAUGUGAAGCUCUUCGCUGCAUAUGGGAACCUUCUGCUGUUGCUGAUGUUCCAGACUGCUACUAUCCUUCUGACAAUGGUUACAUGGUUGACCAAAUUGAAUAUACAUCAUCUGGUUUAACAGCCAAUCUUGGUAGAACCACUGACUUUGUUAGACUUUCAGGACAGCAAGUCCCCCUCAUUGACAAUCUUCAUUUGGAAGUAAAAUAUCAUGACAAUAACAUGCUUCAAUUUAAGAUUUAUGAUUAUAGUAAAAAGAGAUUUGAAGUUCCAGUGCCUCUGAAUCUUCCCCAAACACCUGUAAGUACUCUGGAAAACCGUCUGUAUGAAGUGUCAAUUCAGAACCACCCAUUUGGAAUUCAAGUUCGGCGCAAAAGCACUGGGACAGUCCUCUGGGAUUCCCAGUUACCUGGCUUCACCUUCAGUGAUAUGUUCAUUCAGAUUUCAACUCGCCUACCUUCACAGUUUGUAUAUGGGUUUGGGGAAACAGAACAUAAACAAUUCCAGCAUGAAAUGAAUUGGAAAACUUGGCCAAUGUUUGCAAGGGAUCAGUCUCCUGGAUAUAGAUUUAACACUUAUGGAGUUCACCCUUUUUAUAUGGCCUUGGAAGAAGAUGGCAAUGCUCAUGGAGUCCUAUUGUUGAACAGUAAUGGAAUGGAGGUAAAAUUCCAGCCAACUCCUGCUUUAACCUACCGUACCAUUGGAGGAAUUUUGGACUUUUACAUGGUUUUGGGUCCAACUCCAGAACAAGUUGUUCAAAAAUAUACCGCACUCAUUGGACGUCCAGUUUUACCUCCAUAUUGGGGUUUAGGAUUCCAGUUGUGUCGAUAUGGCUACAAAGAUGAUGCAGAAAUAUCUGAAUUGUAUGAUAACAUGAAAGCAGCUAACAUAUCAUAUGAUGUACAAUAUGCCGAUAUUGACUACAUGGAGCGGCAGUUGGAUUUCACUUUAAGUCCCAAUUUUGCAAAUCUUCCAGCUCUGAUUAACAGAAUAAAAAAGGAUGGAAUGAGAUUUGUCAUCAUUUUGGAUCCAGCCAUCUCAGGAAAUGAAACUGAUUAUCCUGCUUUCACAAGAGGACUUCGGGAUGAUGUUUUCAUUAAGUGGCCUAAUAGCAAUGAUAUUGUGUGGGGGAAGGUGUGGCCAUAUCUUCCUGGCAUUGCUAUAAAUUCAUCACUCAGUUGGGAUGAUAAAGUGAAAUUUUACAGUGCUUGGACUGCUUUCCCAGAUUUUUUUCGCAAAUCUACAGCUCAGUGGUGGAAAAAAGAAAUUGAAGAAGUCUACAAUAACCCCAUCAAUCAAUCACAAAGCAUCAAGUUUGAUGGACUAUGGAUUGAUAUGAAUGAACCUGCAAAUUUUGUCAAUGGUGCAGUUACUGGUUGCAGGAGCCCUGAACUAAAUAAUCCUAUAUAUAUGCCAGACAUUCUGGGAAAACAUGUGGGACUGAAUGAGAAAACCAUGUGUAUGGAAAGUGAACAAAUUCUGCCUGAUGGAAGCCCAGUUCGACAUUAUGAUGUCCACAAUUUAUAUGGAUGGUCACAAUCUAAGCCUACCUAUGAUGCUCUGCAUAGUAUCACUGGGGAACGUGGCAUUGUCAUUUCUCGUUCAACAUAUCCAUCGAGUGGCAAAUGGGUAGGGCAUUGGUUAGGUGAUAAUGUUUCAAAAUGGGACCAACUUUACAAAUCCAUAAUUGGUAUGUUGGAAUUUAGCCUUUUUGGAAUAUCCUAUACUGGAGCAGAUAUCUGUGGCUUCAAUGACAAUACAACGUAUGAAUUGUGUGCCCGUUGGAUGCAGUUGGGUGCCUUUUACCCGUAUUCUAGAAAUCAUAAUGGCAUUGGAUUUAUCAAGCAAGACCCUGUAGCCUUUAAUAAGGAAUUUGAAGACAUAUCCAGGAACGUGCUCAAUACCAGAUAUACUUUGCUUCCAUAUCUGUACACAUUAAUGUAUGAUGCCCAUGCCCACGGCAGCACUGUUGUGCGCCCUUUACUUCAUGAAUUUACAGAUGAUAAAGCAACAUGGAGUAUAUAUGAGCAGUUUCUAUGGGGACCUGCAUUGCUCAUUAGUCCUGCACUACAUGAAAACACUACAGAAGUGGGAGCUUACUUUCCAGAUGCGCGCUGGUAUGAUUAUUACACAGAUGAAAACAUUGGUACAAGGCGGCAGCAGAGAAAAUUGCCAACUCCUCUUGAUCACAUCAAUCUUCAUGUCAGAGGUGGCUAUAUUAUCCCAUGGCAGCUACCUGGUUUAAACACCAAGGCCAGUCGAAAAAAUGUAAUGGGACUUACAAUUGCUUUGGAUGAUAAUGGAACUUCUCAAGGACUUCUUUAUUGGGAUGAUGGAACAACAAUUGAUGCAUAUGAGAAAGGACUUUACCUCUUACACACGUUUAAUGUCAGUCAGAAUGUCUUGGAUAUCAGGAUUGCCCAUCAAGGAUAUUUUGACCCAAAUAACUUAAAAUUUGGUGAAGUAAAAGUCUUAGGGGCCCAAUUCAACUCCUCUCCAAGUGUGGUUGUACUUCAGAAUGAUGCAAUAAUUCCAUCUACUCACAAAGUAAUGUAUAACUCUACAAGUCAGGCAAUGCAUAUUACAGAUCUUCACCUUUUCCUGGGCCAAGCUUAUGCACUACGAUGGAACUAGCAUCUCUUAUACAACACAGAAAACCACUUUGUUCAUCUGUACUUAUCACAAGUUUAUCAUUCUUAAACACAAAUAAGUUCAUUUUUGGAUGUUUUCAAAAUACAACUAUUCUGGAAAACAGUAGAUUGACUCCAUUAUUAAGUAGAUCUGACUUUACAAGGUUCAAUAAUCAAAGAGCAAAAGUCCAUAUUUCAUUCUUGAUUAAACAAGUGCAACUUGUUUAACCCAAUGCUAACUCAAAAUAUUUGAUAAACUUUAUCUCAAUGUGAACUUUAAUAUUUACAUAAAUGGUUCAUUGCAAUUUCAGUUCAGCACUUUAAAACAUAUCCUUGUGAGUUUUAAAUGGUUUUCUCCAUGAAGACUCCAACAAUAGGUAAUUUCUGAAUAGAAAAAAAAAGGUUUUCUGAAUGGAAAACCAAUUUAUGUUCUAUAUCUGAUAAUGCUAUGCUAGAAAUGCCAGUUUUUGCAUAGGGCAUAACUCGGUAUAUUUGCUGUUCUUGGGUCUUGUGAAUAACUGCUAUUAGACUGUGUUAUUAUAAUUUGAGUAAAAGUCAAUAUUGGAACCAGAGCUCUUUUCUUUUAUUAUUUUCAAUAAAUAUACUGUAUGAGCAAGAUUUGAAGUUAAGCCUUAACAUCUUGUUUCUAAAGAGAUCUAUUAUCCCAUCAUUUGCUCAGCUUCUGAAGAACCACUCAGUCAUUUUUUUUUGUCAAAUAUUUCAAUUUGGAUCAGAAAAACAAACCACUUUUAAAAUUUAUGGCUGCAUAUGAGAGGUAAACAUUAGGGAACUAAUAAAGGAUUAAGGGAAUUGUUCCUUAUGUCAGUAGAUAGCCGAAGAUGCUUCCAUGCAUAUUUGAAUUCAACUUAGUUCCACAUAAUUAAAAUGCAAUUCUUCACACACCUAUCUGGGAGAAAAUCCUGAUAAGCUGAAAAUAACUUUUGAAAAAUGCAUGUGACUUGUCUAAACUACUAUUUCUGUCAUACAUUUAUUUUU